UCUUUAGCGCCUGUAGGUGUGCGACUGUCGCACAUGCAGGCCGGCCGGAGGGAGGUGCUGCCGGCAGGGGCGCAAGGCCGGGGGUGGGGGGCCCGGGGCGCCGGCGGGAGGCGGAUCCGUCCGGUCUCACCGCCUGGUUCGGCGUCUGUGUGUCAACGAUGCUCGGGGCAGACGCCGCCAGGUGAGCGGCUCCAGCAAGAUUGGCGCGGGAAUUGCAGGGAGGCGAGUGUCAGCGGAGGGUCCGGUGCACCCCGGCGCUCUGGGCAGAUGACACUCCCAUCAAUUCCUUUCUCGACUGAAAAACAGCUCCUGAACUCUGAAGUACAAGCCAUCAUUUUCACUGUACCUGCUGUAGUGGGGAUCACAGUGACCAUGGAGGACAGGGGAACUUUAGGUCUCAUCUCCAGGAGUGCUGUGUAUCAGAAACAGGAGGGGCACUUGACUGUGAAGAAGGAGCCAGGAAGCCAGACCUGGGGGCAGGGCUGCAGUUUCCAGAAGAACCACCCUCCUGUCUGUGAAAUCUUCCGGCUGUACUUCAGACAGUUGUGUUACCAUGAGAUGUCUGGGCCUCAGGAGGCACUAAGCCGGCUCAGGGAACUCUGCCACUGGUGGCUGAUGCCAGAGGUCCAUACCAAGGAGCAGAUCCUGGAACUACUGGUGCUGGAGCAGUUUCUGAGCAUCCUGCCCAGGGAGAUCCAGACCUGGGUACAGCUCCAUCACCCUGAGACUGGUGAAGAGGCUGUGGCUGUGGUGGAGGAUUUCCAGAGAUACCUCAGUGGAUCCGUAGAGGUUUCAGCUCCAGCACAGGAACAGGAAGAACAUUUGAAGGAGACAGCAGCUCUGAGUGCGGUUGAACAGUUUCCUACCUCCACACCUAGUCAGGGUUCAGCCCUUGAAGUCCACUUGGAACCUUCUUAUCACUCAAGAGCACACUACCUUGCCAAUAAGCACUUUGGUAAGAACAGGAUGGAAAGUUUUGAGUUGAAUCCAAAGCAGGACAUUCCUAAAGGAUCAGAUUCACUUGACAUUUCUUCCAGGGGACUCUUUGGAAUGGCCCUUAUGGGACCAGAAGCUGGAGACAUCUGUGAAGAUCCUUUAGUACAGGUGGAAGGGCAGCCCACAGAUGAAGAAGGGAGUGAAUUGGAAAGUGAUUUCUUGGAAAUGACACAGGAGAAUAAGAAAAAUUACACAAACGACAGAUACAAGGAAUAUAAGGUUAUGGAGGAACAUCCAUAUCUUGGCUCUAGUCCUGUUGAACAUCAGGGUGUUCCAAAGAGACAGAAGUUCUAUCAAUGUGAUAAAUGUGGCCAAGUGUUUAACCGGAGUUCACACCUCAUUGGCCACCAGAGAAUUCACACUGGAGAGAAACACUAUGAAUGUAAUCAGUGUGGGAAGACCUUCUGUCAGACAUCUCAGCUAAUUGUUCAUCUCAGAACCCAUACAGGGGAAAAACCCUAUGAAUGUAGUGAGUGUGAGAAGACUUACCAUGACAGCUCCCAUCUCAUUCAGCACCAGAGACUCCAUAAUGGGGAGGAACCUUUUAAAUGCAAUGAAUGUACAAAAGCUUUUACUCAGAGCUCCCAACUCAUUGACCACCAGAGAAUCCAUACUAGGGAGAAACGUUAUGAGUGCAAUGAGUGUGGGGAAGCAUUCAUUCGGAGUAAAAGUCUUAUUCGACAUCAGGUCCUUCACACUGGUAAGAAGCCCUAUAAGUGUAAUGAAUGUGGGAAAAUCUUCUGUUCCAACAGAAAUCUCAUUGACCAUCAGCGAAUCCACACUGGGGAGAAGCCUUAUGAAUGUAUUGAGUGUGGCAAGUCCUUUAGUCGAAGUAAGUGUCUUAUUCGACAUCAGAGUCUCCAUACUGGGGAAAAACUAUAUAAAUGUGGUAAAUGUGGGAAAGCCUUUAGUCAGAACUCUCAGCUCAUUGACCAUGAGCGAAUUCAUACUGGAGAAAAACCUUUUGAAUGCAGUGAGUGUGGUAAGGCGUUCAGUCUGAGUAAAUGCCUUAUUCGGCACCAGAAACUUCACACAGGUGAAAAGCCCUAUAAAUGCAAUGACUGUGGAAAAUCAUUCAAUCAAAACUCUCAUCUUAUUAUACACAAGAGAAUUCACACUGGUGAGAAACCUUAUGAAUGUAAUAAAUGUGGGAAGGUCUUCAGCUAUAGCUCCAGCCUUAUGGUUCAUCAGAGAACCCAUACUGGUGAAAAGCCCUAUAAAUGUAAAGAUUGUGUAAAAGCCUUUAGUGACAGUUCACAGCUUAUUGUGCACCAGAGAGUUCACACUGGGGAGAAACCUUAUGAGUGUAUUGAGUGUGGGAAAGCGUUUAGUCAGCGUUCCACUUUUAAUCACCACCAGCGAACUCAUAGUGGGGAGAAGCCCUCAAAUCUGCUUCUGUCGAUACCUUAAGGCAUGAGUCCCUGAGGCAGAACAAGAAACUCUGGAUUAAGUUUGUUUAUAAGAAGGAUGUUCAUCCUGUUCUCCCCUUGGAAUCAUUACUCAAACUCAACCAUUGCUUAGUGCUUUCCAUUUGGUCACUAAGGUGGAGAGUCAGAAUCUUAGUAGCCUUUCCUACCACACAGUUGGGAAAGUAAGGACCACACAUUUUAUAUACCACUUUCUCUUUUUGUUUUUUAAAUUAUCUUAAAAUCUGUAGUUUUGCAUUCCACAAUUAGACUUUGUGUUUUUCAAGCACAGAGGUAAUUACACCUUUACUUCAUUCUAACUUCUCCGUUUCACCAUUUAGACAAAGAUAUACUACAAGACUCUUCAUCUGUCCUACCUCUUGGUUAUGGGUCUCUAUAUUUACUUUUUUCCUCUCUCAUAUUUAUUUUGUUUGUUUUUAGACAGUCUCCCUGUAGCCUUAGUUGGUCUGGAACUCCCUAUAUUGACCAGGCUGGCCUUAUCUCACAGACAUCCACCUGCCUCUGCCUUCCAAGUGCUGGAAUUAAAGGCAUGCACCACAAUGUCUGGCUCUACAUUUAUUUUUUAAGCUUAUCACUGUAUAGCUUCUUAUCACUUAUGUUCCCUCAAAAACCUCUUUUUCUUUUUGUUGGUUAAUUUGUGUUUCUCCAUAACCUUGAAGAUCCAUCUCACUUCUUAAGGACUUUCUUCUUUAAGUGCUUUUCCCUCCUAAAGCUCUGUUGAUCUGAUUUCCCUGCUUUGAGUUAGCUGGUGGUCCAAGGUACAACUGUUUAAAUCCCUUCUAAGUAUGUGUAUACUUUUAUACCAACUUGUAUUUUCUUUGUGUGU